AUGAGGCUGCUGCUGCUGGCGUGUCUCCGUGCGCGGACCGGCAACGCCACCACGGCCGCCAGGAUCCAGAAUCAUCUACAUGCUGCAGGUCAUGUCUGUGUUCUUAAGGAUGCUUUCAUGUAUGAAAGUCCAGCUGAAAUAGCAAAUCUGACCUCCACAGAGAAAUUUGAUGCAGCCCUGGCCAUUCAUCUCUACAAAGGAGGCAGACUGCUGCAAGGGAGCAGAAUUCCUUUUGGAAUCAUCUUUGGUGGCACAGAUGUAAAUGAAGAUACCAAAUGUAAAGAGAAGCUCCAGGUAAUGGGAGCAGUGCUGGAGGAAGCCAGGUUUGCAGUGGCUUUCACAGUGGAAAUGAAGGAGCUGGCAGCAGCGGAGUGGCCAGAUGCUAGGAAGAAAAUCUACGUCCAAAGUCAAGGAAUUAAGACUACACCCAGUGAAACAUUUGACUGGUACAGAUUUCUACAAAAUGCAGACAUUCCUACAGACACAGACAGUUUACAUCUGUUUCUUCUGGUGUGUGGGCUCCGAAAAGUCAAAGACCCUCUGUACUUAGUAGAAGUUUUCUCAGACUGGCACAGAGAGGAUCCCAGUGUCCAUCUGGGCAUUAUUGGACCUGCAGUUGAUCCAGUUUUUACCAGUGAAGUUAAGGAGAAAGUUAAAAGGGCCCCUGGGGUGCACGUGCUGCAGGAGCUGCCUCAGGAGGAGCUGCACGCUGCUGUCAGCAGGUGCUGUGCCCUGGUGAACAGCUCCAUCUCGGAGGGGAUGUCUGCUGCCAUCCUGGAGGCAAUGGAUUUAGAUACUCCAGUGCUGGCAAGGGACAUUCCUGGGAAUGCAGCAAUAAUAAAACACAAGGAAACAGGACUGCUCUUCUCAAGUCCCCAGGAGUUUGUUGUGCUGUCCAAGAGUUUAAUUAAUGACCCCAUUAUGGAAAGGGAAAUUAUAACAAAGGCCAAAGACUAUGUGAAGAAACACCAUUCCUGGGAAGGUGAAAGGAAAACCUACCAGGAUCUUGUGCUGAGACUCCAGUGA